AUAGGAUAUGUCCGCACCGAAAGCACGAUAUUAAAUUCGUUUUCGCAAGAUCCAGAUGCAAAUUGCAAGUAUGGGCUUUAUUUUAGAGAUGGAAAAAGGAAAGUGGAUUAUAUCCUGGUCUACCACUACAAGAAGUCCUCUUUCGGUAGAACACUCACCAGACGAAUCCAUUUUAAUGACUUGGGGCCUCGUAGUGUCAAACAUGAUCAGCCGCUUCCUGGAAAAGGAGGGGAGAUGAACAUGGAUGAAAAGGAACCACACAUGGAUUACCAUGAAGAUGACAAGAGAUUUCGCAGAGAAGAAUACGAAACCAAUCUUAUGCAGGCAGGUCUUGAGUUGGAAAGAGAUGAAGAUACUAAAAUACAUGGUCUUGGAUUUGUAAAAAUACAUGCACCUUGGAGUGCUUUGUGCCGAGAAGCAGAAUUUAUGAAACUGAAGAUGCCUACAAAAAAGGUAUACCAAAUUCAUCAACCACAUGGCCUCUUGAAAAAAAUAAAUUCUGUAAUUCAAAAAAUUACAGAGCCCAUUCAACCUAAAGUGGCAGAACACAAACAACAGACAGUGAAACGUCUCUCUUACCCCUUCUCUAGGGAGAAACAACACUUAUUUGACUUGUCUGAUAAAGAGUCCUUUUUUGACAGCAAAACCAGAAGUACCAUAGUUUACGAAAUACUGAAAAGAACUACCUGCACCAAAGCCAAGUACAGCAUGGGGAUCACCAGUCUGCUUGCCAAUGGUGUUUACAGUGCUGCAUAUCCGUUGCAUGAUGGUGACUAUGAAGGUGAACAUAUUGAGGCUAAUGACAGAAAACUCUUGUGUGAAGAAUGGGCAAGCUAUGGAGUUUUUUACAAGUACCAGCCUAUUGACCUUGUGAGGAAGUACUUCGGUGAGAAGAUUGGCUUGUAUUUUGCCUGGCUGGGAGUUUAUACACAAAUGCUUAUUCCAGCUUCCAUCGUAGGGAUUAUCGUGUUCCUGUAUGGUUGUGCAACAGUGGAUGAGAAUAUACCAAGCAUGGAGAUGUGUGACCAGAGAAUCAAUAUUACCAUGUGUCCUUUAUGUGACAGAACAUGCAGCUACUGGAAAAUGAGCUCUGCUUGUGCCACAGCUCGGGCAAGCCAUCUGUUUGAUAACCCAGCAACUGUCUUCUUCUCUGUCUUCAUGGCUCUGUGGGCUGCCACAUUCAUGGAGCACUGGAAGAGAAAACAGAUGCGACUGAACUACAGAUGGGAUUUGACUGGGUUUGAAGAAGAGGAAGAGGCAGUCAAGGAUCACCCAAGGGCUGAGUAUGAAGCUAAAGUUUUAGAAAAGUCACUAAGAAAAGAAUACAGAAAUAAAGAGACUGAAAAAGAAAAACUGACAUGGAAAGAUCGUUUUCCAGCAUACUUUACAAAUUUUGUGAGCAUUAUUUUCAUGAUUGGGUUGACAUUCGCAAUUGUUUUUGGGGUCAUCAUAUACCGAAUCUCCACUGCAGCAGCUUUAGCCAUCAGUUCAUCUCCAGCUGGCCGGUCUAAUAUUAGAGUAACUGUGACUGCAACUGCAGUGAUUAUUAAUCUAGUCGUGAUAAUAAUCUUGGAUGAAGUAUAUGGCUGCAUAGCCAGAUGGCUGACCCAGAUUGAGGUUCCAAAAACUGACAAGAGUUUUGAAGAACGUUUGAUUUUCAAGGCCUUCCUUCUGAAAUUUGUUAAUGCCUACACUCCCAUUUUCUAUGUUGCUUUCUUCAAGGGGAGAUUUGUUGGACGCCCAGGGGACUACGUCUACAUUUUUCAUUCUUUCAGAAUGGAAGAGUGUGCUCCUGGUGGUUGCUUAAUGGAAUUGUGCAUACAACUCAGCAUUAUUAUGCUGGGCAAACAGCUGAUUCAGAAUAAUUUGUUUGAGAUUGGCAUCCCAAAAAUGAAAAAAUUGAUGAGAUACUUGAAACUGAAACGACGACGGCCUGUAGACCAUGAGGAACAUUUGAAAAAGAAACAACGCUAUGAAGUAGACUAUAACCUGGAGCCUUUUGCAGGCCUGACUCCAGAAUAUAUGGAAAUGAUCAUCCAGUUUGGAUUUGUAACCCUGUUUGUUGCAUCCUUCCCACUGGCACCCUUGUUUGCACUGCUGAACAACAUCAUUGAAAUACGUCUCGAUGCAAAGAAGUUUGUUACCGAGCUUAGGAGGCCAGUUGCAGUUAGAGCCAAAGAUAUAGGAAUAUGGUAUAAUAUCCUCAGAGGUGUAGGAAAACUUGCGGUGAUAAUAAAUGCAUUUGUGAUCUCAUUCACAUCUGACUUCAUUCCACGCCUCGUGUACCUGUAUAUGUACAGUGAAAAUGGCACCAUGCAUGGCUUCGUGAACCAUACGCUAUCCUAUUUUAAUGUCAGCGAUUUUCAAGAAGGAACAGCUCCAAAUGACAAUAUGGAGCUUGGCUACCCAGUCCAAAUAUGCAGAUACAAAGAUUACCGAGAGCCCCCAUGGUCCGAAAAUAAAUAUGAAAUUGCAAAGGAUUUCUGGGCUGUGCUAGCAGCAAGAUUAGCAUUUGUAAUAGUGUUCCAGAACUUGGUCAUGUUUAUGAGCGACUUCGUGGACUGGAUUAUUCCAGACAUCCCUAAGGACAUUAGUCAGCAAAUUCAUAAAGAAAAAGUUCUUAUGGUGGAGGUCUUCAUGAAGGAAGAACAAGGGAAACUGCAGUUGCUAGAAACCUGGAGAGAUAAAGACAAAAAGAAAGGUGAAAACUGUAAUAACCACAGCCCCAGGCCAUCAAUGAGCCAUAGGGGAAGUGUGUCUUCAUGUCAUUCAUGCCAUGUUGAAGUGUAGAAGAGGAAGUUGUUUUACAUUGGGGCAUUCCAUUCAUAAACAAGCCAUGACGACUUGAUUCUUAAUCAACCUGGUGCAUGUUUAAGCAUAUGCAACCAUUUUGCUUAUGUGUGUGUGAGAAAUAAUGCUCUUACACAGACGGAGGACCAUAUUCUGUUUUGAACAAGUUUUUUUUUGCACAACAAGUAAU